AUGAGUAAUGUUGCUAAUUAAUUGAAGUAUCACAAGCAGCUGAUUGUCAACAGAUAUGAGAAGAUUUAGAGAAAUGGCUCUCGACUGGAAUCUCGAAAACUCAGAAACUUAUGUAUGGACUCCAAAAAUCUGAAUUCUAAUAUUAAUCGAUAGUUUCCUGCUUCAGUUAAGGUAUCUCCAAUAAGAAAUUUUUCUGAGCCAACUAAAGUCAAAAUGAUUUCUAAAUUGAUAUAGAGGAAUAAAUAACUUUCAAAGAAAUCAGUCGAAGUUGAGUAAUAAUAGCAGUCAAUAAAUGUGAUUUCAAUUUUUAACAAGAAGAGAUUUUCUCAGGAUCUGCAAUCACCAACUAAUACGAGUCUAUUUCUUACAUCUGCUAAUAUGGUUAAUUAAAAUGAUUCGCUUAAUUAAAUAACUUAACAAUCGGUCCACCAAAAAUAAAUUGUGAUUAAAAAAAAGACGCCUAGAACAAAACAACCACUUUCCAUUUCAGUGUAACAUCAUGGAAAUACAAGCAUUGAUAAUAUUCAUUACCAGAGGUAUGAAGCCUCACUCAGAGAUAGAUCAACAAAUAUAUCUAUGGGUAUUUAGAAUCAUAUUAAGGAAUUAGAGAACUAUCACAACUUGAGUGCGGGAAAUGGAAAGAUGAGGACAAUACAAGAAAUAGAAAAUGAAUUAAAAUAAGAUGUAUUCAAUUAAUAAAAUGCCACAUAGCAAGUAAAAGAAGAAAAAGAACCAAUAAUGGACACUUUUAUUUAAAACACCCUCAAGAAAAUGCAGGAAAACUAAAGUGACCCAGCCAUUGAUUAGUAAUAGCUUCUGAAAUAAUUGAAUGUCAUUCUUGAUUAGAAUUAGAGCACUGCUUUAAGUACAUUUCAAAAUGAUUUUAAAAAUAUCAUUAUGUCUAAUAACAAGAGAACUAAUAGUCAGAUUUAUUAAUCAGAUUCCACUAUACAUAGGAUAAAUGAUGGCGACACAACCUCUGAAGAUGAAGAUUUAAACUUUUUAGAAAAACCAGAAGUUAAAAAACAUGUUCUAAUUUCAAAAGACGUAGGAAGCAAACUGAUGGAAAGGCUUGGCAAAGUAGAUUUAUUCAAACAAGUCAUAGCAGAGAAAUUCAAUUAAAUAGAAGAUGAAGACAGUUUCAGAAAGAUGCUAUUUCAAAAUAUAGACAAUAAGGACAAAGAAAGUGAAUUUAGAGACACUAUCUAUGAUGGAAUCAAAGAAAAAGUAUUUAAAAUUCAGAAUCUGAGUACCGAAAACGACUCUGUUUUAAAAACGAAUAGGACAUAAGAAGUCUCAAAUAGACUAAGAUUUUUUGAACAUCUAAGGGAACUAAGAUAAAAGGAGAAAAUAUUAUCUAACGACUUAAAGGAAAUUCACAAGCCAAAAUUCAGUAAGUAUUAUUUGUUCAUAGUUAUUAUAGAUGAUGGAAGACAAAGCCAAAUAGUUGAAUUUUUGAAAGCCUGCAAUCAAAAAAAUGCAAUCCCACUACCUAAACUUAUCACCUCUGUUAAGGAUAAUUCAUACAGCCUAUCUAAUUAUAAUAUGACCUAAGGGUUGUCUAAUGCAGUAUCGCACUCAAUUAACGUAGGGAAUGAGAAAGUAGUUACUCUUAAUCUAUCAAAUAACAUCUUGAAAGAUUAAAAUUUAUCAAAUUUGAUUGAUCAGCUGGAUCCAAAGCUUUAAAUACCUUAUCUAAAGCAUCUAAUAUAUACUAACCAAAAUGAGUUUGGAAAUAAGUCUGCUAACUCUAUCGUAAGUAAAUUAAUGACCAAGGUACCCCCACAUCAUUUGGAGUCUAUUCGAAUUGUGAAUUGUAAGGUUUAAUCCGGUUCUGUUAAUAAAGUUUUGUAAAGUUUGCAAAAAUUAAACCAACUAAGGCAUCUUCAAAUACCUAAGUGUAAUUUAACAGAGCACUCAAUCGAACUACUCACGACUAUAAUUUCUAAGACUUCAUAAAAUUUGAUAGAACUAGACAUAAGCUAAAAUCAACUGAACUCCCUAUCUAUUGGAUAACUAUUGAAAAGUUUAGAGAAAAAUGAAAUAUUGCAGGAUGUUAAUCUAUCUUGGAAUGAAAUUAAGUCUGAAACUGACAUAAGACCUUUGCUAAGGUUUAUAAGAGUUAAUACUAAUCUAAUCCAUCUUGAUCUCUCAAAUAUGCUCUAAAAUGCUAGUCAGAUAAAAUACAUCAUAAAGGCAAUAAAAAGAUCACUGUCUCUAUAGUCAGUUCAUUUAAACAAUACAAAUCUUAUUUAAAUUGAUUCAAAACUUAAAAAGUAUGUUUGGAGGAAAUUAAACCUGAGAGAAUGGAUGCAAGUUAAAUGUAGAAAGGCUAAUGUCAAUUAAAUAUUUAAGGAUCAAUGGAAAGAUUAAAUGAUUAUUCUAAAUGAGAAAAGUGCUGGUGAGUAAGAAAUCGAAUACUAUAAGUCACUCAAAUAAAUAGAUUAGUUAAGUAUUCCUUAAAAAGAGAGGUUUAUCUUGUGCAGGGUAUUAGGGCAUAAUGAAAUUAAAGGUUCGACCUAAUGGACUUUAUGCGAGGACUGCUUUAUCUGUGAUAGAUGGACUUACACAGUCUUUGUAUUUAAGCCUGAUCAAUAGAAUUUAAGUAAAAAAGUAAAUCCAGUGUGCUUUACUCAUGGAAGUUUUGAGACAUUUUGCAAUUAAGUUCAAUAUAAGAUGAGAGAUGCCUUGAAAUUCACUUCGCUGGCUGAUCCCGAUUUCGAAGAAAUAAGAUCUGAAACUAUUAAUAAAAGUGAUAAAGUAGCAAGAAGAAAAGAACUAGAGAAAUUCUAUAAAUCUAAAUGGUAAUAGAUUCUCAAGUCAUCUUAAAAAUAUAAGCAACCCUAAAUUUUACCUCCAAACUAAGAUAUAUAAGAUUUUGAUGAUGAUGUUUUUCUAUUUGCUGAAUUUGUAAAACCCACUAAUAGAUCAGAAUGGUACUAAUUUACCUCAACUGUUUCUAAAGGAGAAGAUAUAGAAUUAUUCUAUCCUAAAGUUCGGAAAGAAGAACUUAAGCCUUUUGUAUAUAUCCCCAAGAAAUAAAGAAGAUCAAUUGAUCUACAUGCAAAUGUGUUUACUGAUUGGAAAAAAGAUACAAAUGAUACUUAUGUUCAAAUGGCCAAGGAAGAUGCUAAAUUUUGGAAAAUUAAUAGAUUUAUUAAAGAUCCUGAAGAUCUUAAGUACUGUGAGGACGUGAUUUUAAAGAAUUACGCUAAACUUAAGGAUAUAUUUAUCUCAUUGAUAAGUCAAUCUUACUAUCCCAAUGUAAAUUGGCUUGAAUUUUUUGAGUUCAUUAGAGAAUGUGAUAUAAUGGACAGCAAUCUGAAUAUGUCGUCAAUUGAUCGACAUUUUAUUGCCACCAAUGUUGAACUAGAAGAAAUCGAUGAAAAUCCUGAUAGAGCUCUAUGUAGAUACGAAUUUCUAGAAAUCCUUGUUAGAAUUGCAGGCUAAAAAUUCAAGGAGUCAAAGAAAGUUUAGACUUAUGGCGAAGCCUUUGAAAAACUACUUAAUGAGCACAUUUUCAAUAAAGUAAAGGUGCUACCAUGGCAGAAAUUUAGAGAUAAUGAACUAUGGACGAGAGAUGUUAAUCUCAUAUUGCAUGCAAAUAUGGAAGGACUGCAAAAACUCUAUAAAAAGUAUAUUAGGGUGAAGACUAAUUUUAUGAGUUACUAAGAUGCUUUGAAUCUUAUGGUGAAAGAUAGUGGAGUUUGUUUACUCUUAAAAGAAGCCACAAUGUGCUAUGGAAUGUGUAAAAUGAGUGUGAUUAAUGAAAUGGCUAAGGGACCAAAUCCUUAUAAAAAGCUACAGUUUGUGGAAUUUCUUGAGUACAUUGGCAGAGUUGCUGCUGAAAAGUAUAAAGACUGUGAUGAUUGGAAACUUUUUGAGAAGAUAGAAAGAAUUCUUGAUGAUUUACUGCCCUUAGUUGGCUUUAGAAGAAGAGAUAUGACUAGAAGAGUCGACAUUGCUUCAUAAGAAAGCGAAGAGAGUGUUCUGGAUGAGGAGAUUAACCAGAUAUAAAUUGAUUUAGAUAAUAAAAAGAGAGAUCAUUUCAUUUAUUCAGAAAAUAGAUGA